CACAGUCAUGCGAUCUUAUCCAAUCCGCCGAAUAGUUAGGGUGGUUUAAAACAGCUUCAGGGCGCACGCCUACGGAAUUCUAGAUUCCGAACACAUGCUUCGUGUCUGUCGUCGAUGACGUUUAGUCGGAGUUUCGCUUCCGUCUCGUUGAUUCUUCGUUACGAUUCAGGCUCGGGAUCGUAUCUAUCUGAAGGAUGUCGUCUCUGCAAUCGUGCAAUCAACGAGGAUAUAUUCCUCCGUCGAAUCGUUUAGAUUCGCAGCUGUGAUCAUCAAUUAGAAAUCAAAGGUAAUCCCUCUGGGCCAGACAGAAGAAUGUUGAUAGGACGUCGAGGAUUCAACAGGUACUGUUCGGAGGGAGUCUGAAUUCGACGCGUGCGAGAAUGUUAACGUAGCUUUUCAUUCUAAUAAAAAAAAAAGGCCCCGCGUUUUACGUAACACUGUUUCAAUAAUUGCCACCUGAAUCUUGCAAGCUGAUCCAGGAUAAAAUAACGUUGACCUAUUUGGGCCCGGUGCUUCCUCCAACAAACUCCACUGCAAUGAAGCGAAAUUAAAGACCAACCGAGUGCAUCAGUGCAGAAGAACUUACGGAUUUGCAAGUGCGCUACAUGAAAACGAACGAUGAAGCGCUAUCGAAUUUGGAGCCGACCAGCGCGGAUAAAGCGGACAAGAAUGAAGAACAAUCUGUCGUGCACGAACCGUUGGAUUUAAUCGCCAAAUCGACACCAGACAUCGAUGUAUCGGAUACGAAAGUAAUUCAAGAAAACCCUCAAUUCAGCCUGGAACUUCCGCCGACGUUACACGAACGGUUUAUGCGAAUCAAACAAAUGGUCAAAGAUGCCGUAACUGCACAUCACACGUUCAUGAUUUACGGAAGGGCGCGAGUGAUUCGGGAAUGUAUGCUAAAGCGAGGAUGGUGCGAAAAGUUCUUCAGAAAGAACGCCGAGCAACAUUUGAACGUGGACGCAAGUCCUGUUGUAUUGCUGGCUGGCAUCGGCGAUUUGAAAGAUCAGCAAAGCGAACGCCAAUUGAUCUCUCGAAUGCUCACUAAUCACACCGUGGACUUCCUCUGGAACACCGGAUCGGACUGGCCCGGUUGGCCAGCGCAGGACAAUAAAACAACGAUUUUUAACAGAUACUGCCGGGCAGGAUUCACCUCGAAGGUGGGUUUGUGUUCGAACGUCAGACAAAUGCACUGGUAUUACGAGGCUGGAGUGGCGAACACCCUUUUCCCACGUUGCUACAAUUUAUGCCAGGGCGAUCAGAUGCACGCUUUCAUCGAAGAUUUUCGAUUCACAGCGUGUCUAGGCCUGUUAAAAUGGUUAGUUAGCAAGAUCAACGAUGAAGGUGAGAGCGCGGUUAGAGCAGCGACUGGCACGGUGCCUUCGAAGGCUUUAGAAUUUGCGAUUAAGCGAUGCAGCGACUACAUCAGUGCACAAUCGCACGAGGAUAUCGAUCAAGAAAUGGAAAGGGUCUGGGCGCAUCAGUGGGAUCAGUUCAUCAGCUGGUACUAUCAGAUCGUUCACGGUCAAGCUCUUUUCAUUCGAAACAACGUGCCAUUUCAAGUAAGCGACUCGAUCUCCGUCGACAUCGCUGAGAAGUAA